UUGAUAUUUCUUUUAUUCGCAUUUAUCACUUGUUUUAUAUCUUUUGUACACACCAAACCUAAGUAAAGCGAUAUAAAAUGCUAGAGUCUGUUGUGUCUACCCUGCUUAAUAGGGUAUUAGGCGCGUAUGUCUCUAACUUAAACUAUAAUCAAUUAAAAAUUGGUAUUUGGUCAGGUGAGGUGACAUUACGCGAUCUUAAACUUCGACGAGAAGCGUUGGAUAAAUUCAAUUUACCUGUUGAUGUUUUGGAAGGUUACCUUGGAGAACUCACUUUGACUAUCCCUUGGAACAACUUGAGAGGAAAACCAGUGCUUAUUAAUAUUAAAGACGCUUAUGUAUUGGCUGUUCCCAGAAAUGAAUCUAAUAUGACAGCAGAAGAGUUGGCACAAAGAGAACACGACGCAAAGAUGCGAAAGUUGGAAAACUCAGAAUUAAUGCUUGAUCCAAAUGAACACGAUACUGCGGAAGAUGCUAAAAACGAUACCUUUGCAAACCAACUUUUAACUAAGAUUUUGAACAACCUUCAAUUUUCGAUUACAAAUAUUCAUAUCCGAUAUGAAGACGAUGUCUCCACAAACCAUCGCUUUGCUGCUGGUAUCACUCUCAGUGAGUUAUCUGCCAUCACUACAGAUGAAAAUUGGAUUGCCAAUACGAUUGGUGAAACUGUGAACACUAUUCACAAGUUGGCGACAUUAGAAUCACUUUCAAUUUAUUGGGAUACAAACGCCCCAACCUUAGCCCAGGAAAACUCUCAUAAUUCAUUCAAGGAAUUAAUUGCGACCAAAAACUAUGUGCCUACAGAGCAUCAAUAUAUAUUAAAGCCUGUUUCUGGAACUGGAAGAGUUAAGCUUCGCAAGAAUUUUGGUGCCGAAGUACCCAAGAUUGAUGCUUCGCUCCUGUUUGAUGAACUUUCUUUUGCAGUAGAUAACGAGCAAUAUAGAGAUACCAUAUUAAUGAUCGACUUAUUUCAUUCGUAUUUAAAAAAACAGAAGUACAAGAAAAUUCAUCCAUCUAGUGAUAAGACACCUAAAUCGGAUCCAUUAGAAUUUUUCCGAUUCGCGGGUAAUGCCGUAUUGUCCGAAAUUCACGAAAGAAAUGAACGUUGGACAUGGAAAAGGAUUAAGAAAAGAAGCGAUGAUCGUAAAUUAUAUCUUGAGUGUUAUGUACAAGAUAAAUUGGAUAGAGCAUCGCCUGAGGAACUUGAAAAACUUCGCGAAUUAGAAAAAGAGCUGGCUUAUGAAGAUCUCAGAUUUUAUCGUAGUCUGGCAAAGCCUAAACUUCGAAGUGAAAAAGCCCGUUUAGCCGCCAUUGAAAAAAAACGGAAGGCAGAAGCUGCUGCUAACAGGGCUACCCAAGGUUGGGGAAUUUCUAAUUGGUGGUAUGGUAAAGACCCUAAUUCAGCAGGACCAACUAAUGAGACAGAAGAGGAUUUGGUCAUUACAGAAGAGCAAAAAUUGGAAUUUUACAACGUCAUUGAUUACAAUGCUGAUAAAGCUGCUAUCGCUUCUUCAAUUGAUUUACCUAAAGAUACCAUACUACUUUCUUUAAACACAUCACUCAAUAAGGGGUCUUUUACUGUGCGCAAAGAUCCACAUGACAAACCUGCUGAUUUGGUUUCUCUUAUUUUUGAUAAUGUGUCGCUUGGUAUGACACAAUACGUUGAAUCAUUUACUGCUACAGCUGCUCUGGGUGAUCUUUGUCUUUAUGACGGUCUGCAUGCUGAUUCUCCUUAUUAUAAGCUAAUGGGAGCCAAGGGGAAGGAUAAUGAAAAGAGAAAGAGUGAAUCCGUGGAGAACAUACAUCAACUUAAUAAUUCAAAUAUUAGCAACCCUUUUUUCACCGCCACUUUUGAACAUAAGCCUUUAGACGGAAGAGCAGACAAUGCAGUAGCCUUGUUUAUGCGCAAUAUUGAUAUUGUUUAUAAUCCUCGUAUUAUUCAUGAAAUUGUUGAUUUCUUCACGCCACCAGAAACGAGCGCUGACAGUAUUAAUGCUUUGAUUGAAGUUGCUGGUGAUACAUUGGAAGACCUUAAAAAUCAAACACGAGCAAGCUUAGAGUUUGCUCUUGACCAGCACACUACAUUCGAUCUUCGUGUAGAUAUGGAUGCACCUGUCAUUAUCAUUCCUGAACAUUGCUCAUCCAUUACUUCUCGGGGUAUUGUUAUCGAUGCUGGUCAUAUUAAUGUUGAAAGCAAUCUGGCUCCUCCUGAGGCUUUGGUGAUCCUUAAGUCCAAGUCAGCUGCUGAUAUGACAAUCGAGGAUAACAUGAAACUUAGGGAGUUAAUGUACGAUAGGUUCACUGUUCAAUUAACACAAACCAAAAUUCUUGUGGGCGAUUCUAUCGAAACAUGUCUUGUUCAAGUUCGUACACCCCGUAAGGAAUUAGAAUAUUUGCACUUGGUGGAUCGUAUUGAUAUGACAUUUCAAAUGGAGCUUUGUAUUAUUCGUAAAUCUGUUGAAAUGCCUCGUUUUAAAGUUUCUGGUCACCUGCCUCUUUUAAAGGUCAAUUUCUCAGAUACAAAAUAUCGCACCAUUAUGCAGUUACCUCGACUUAUUGAUGCCUCUGGUCUGCUUGGUAACAAUAAUACCACUGUAGAUGUGAACAGUGAAUAUGCAAACAUGGACAAGAAAAACCAAGUUGAUCAACGUUGGUUUAACCUCAUGAACACACCACUUUGGAAUAAAAACAACAAUGAAGAUAUUUUUUUCGAUACGGAUAGUGAAAUCAGCAGUGAUGACCAUGGGGGCUCCUCAAUAGCAGGGACGGCGACGACGGAAGACACCGAGGCGACUUCAACACCUAUGAUUACUUCUGGAAAAAAAGUCAAAAAGGGGAAAGAAGUUGUCAGUAUCGAAGAACGUGUCUUUGAGCUUAGUUUUAAAGUGGAUCGAGUUCUUGCCAAUGUUUUACAGGCCGAGAAAAUAAAAAAUCAUGGGAAAGAUGCACCAGAAACUCUCUUGUGUGAAGUGGAUUUACAAAACCUUUCGUUGGGAUACAGUAUGCGCCCUAUGGACAUGAGUGUCAAUUUAUCAUUACAUUCUUUGGAUAUUACAGAUCGCAUGAAACAUGGAAACGAGUUCAAGUACAUUAUUACCUCAGACCAAAAUGCCCUUCAGCCAGAUCGACAACAAAAUAACAGUCUCAAGAAUCUUGUAAAUGUUGAAUAUAUACGUUGUGAUAAAGCAAGCCCGGAAUAUGUUACAAAGUACAAGGGCAUUGAUCAAACUGUUCACGUUACACUUUCUACGCUAAACUUCAUUGUAACACGGAGCUCUGUUCUUACUUUGCAUAGUUUUGUUAUGCAUACGUUCGUAGAUGACGAAGUAGUUUCGAACGUUCACCGAAAGUCAUCAGUCGACGGAGCUGGGAGGACAUUAAAUACGUCUCCUGCUACUAAUAUUCCUGCUGCCUCCAACACUGAUAGUAGCAGUAGCAGCAUUUAUGUACGUCUCUUACUUGAUAGUGUAAAUUUUGUACUGAACAAUGAUGGUGUAAGAUUGGCAACUGGUGAGUUAUCGUUAGGUGACUUGUCCACUAUCUAUGUAGAUAGCCAAGUAAACGUCGCCGCUAAAUUUGCCAACUUUACACUUACUGACAACCUUACACCUCAACAUACUUCCGGUCAGCAUAAAACCAGCAACCAGUUGCUGACAAUUCAAGGUGAAGAGCUUAUCGAUCUUCGUUACAAUUCAUUUGUCAAUGGUCGAAAGGAUUAUCCAGGAUAUGACCACGCUCUUUAUCUGCGUAUGGGAUCCGCUCAAUUUAACUUUUUAGAACAGCCUGUACACCAGUUUAUGGACUUUUUGAGCAAGUUUGCAGACAUGAAAUCGACUUACGACAGGGCCCGACAAGUUGCGUUAGAAUCCGCACAACAGUUGGGCCAAGCUGCAACUAAAAUGCACUUUGAUGUUGUUAUUAAGACGCCUGUAGUUUUUUUUCCCGAACAUCAUCAGCAUGCUUCCGAUGUGGUCGUAGCUCAUCUUGGUGAAAUCUGGGCCUCUAACUCUUUUGUGGAUGAAUCCGAUGGAUGUAUCAAUACAAUUAAGGCUGGGCUUCGUGCUAUCAAUCUUACUUCAAAGUUUCAUAUUACUCGAAGUAACGAGAACUCAUCUCAAUUACAAGCAUUACCGAUCGUGGAUGAUAUUGAUUUAAAUUUAGAUAUCAAGAUUCCUCAAGAAAUGUCUAGCACCCGACCCGGAGUAGAUAUAUGUGGUAGUAUAAAAGAUGUGACAAUGCGCUUGACUGAAAGACAAUACAUUUUCUUGAUGGAGGCCAUCAACAUGAUUUCGCGUGUAUUUUCUUCAAACCUUGAAGACCAAAAUGAUACAGCUUUAACAGCCGACUCGCCUUCUGCUUUAGUCCCGUCUCAAACAAGCCAAGCAAAAAAACCUACCGAAAUGUUUACAGAAUCUGAAAAAUCAAACGGUUUGCCGAGUAUCCAAAUUACCUUGGAUACCAAAACUAUAGGUUUAGAGAUAUAUCUGAACAAUACAGAAGCAUUGAAUAAUAUUCAAGAACCACCUAGUCUAUCAAGAAUCGCCUUAAAUAACAGCAGUGUAAAGUUUCACAUGUACGACAACAAUACGAUGGAUGUUAAUUUAGUUGUGCACUCGCUUACCGUUGAUGAUACGCGUCCUGGUGUAAGCAGUAAAUUCAAGCAUAUCGUCCCUGUAAUUGAAGACGGUCACCAAUUUGAACUCCAGCUUGAUAUCAAGGAGCCUGACCCAAUUCGUUCCGGCAUUGUUGUAAUGACGAUCAAGGAUCCUAAGGUCAUAUUAUCUCUCGAUCAUGCUUUCCUUCUUCGUGAUUUCUUUACGUCUUUUAAUGGAAAAUCAGAUGCUGAUAAACCUGGUCGCAGAAACUCUGAUAUAAAUAAUGAGCCUCAGCAAUCGCAGCAGUCGGGCAUGGAAUUGUCUUAUCUACUGAACAUUGUAAAUGCUGAAUUCAUUUUGCUGGCCAAUCCUGAUCGGUCUGAUUCGGAAGCUGUCGUUCUAUCUACUGAGGAAUUAAUGAUUACUCAACAAACUAAGACAGCGCUUGUUGUUAAACAGAUGGGCAUGUUUCUUUGUAGAAUGGAUAUGCGCAAGAAAUCUACUUUACGUUUUAUUCAGCCGUUUGAUGUCAAUCUUUCUAUGAAUAGCAACCCCAAAAAUGAACAAGGUGGCUCCCUGACUGACUUAGUUAUGAAUAUCGACCCUUUAGUACUGCGUCUUUCGUACCGUGAUGCGAUGCUCGUGACAGAUAUAUUCAACAAGGCGUUCGAGUUAUACAAUGCUAGUGUGAGUGGUGAUGGCUUACCAUCCGGUACUGACUAUGCAGACCUUUUAACUUCACCUACAGGCUCUCCGGAUGAUGAUACCCGAAAUGAAAUCGACAGACUAAACGAAAUUGCACUGUCUCAAGAAUCACUUCGUAUUUCAUUUCACGGUGCGCAGAUAAUUUUGAUUGAAGAACUGCAUGAAACCCCAAUGAUUGACAUGAAUUUGAAACCAUUUAACGUUGAGGUUGCAAACUGGUCUAAAGAUCUUUCUGCUACAGUUGAGUUCUCUACUUUUGUCAAUUACUUCAAUAUCAAGAAUUCACAUUGGGAACCAUUAUUGGAACCCUGGAGUUUCCGUCUCGAGUUGGACCGUAAUCCUUUUACUAAAAGUGAUCCCCUAAAUGUCAAGUUGAUCUCCAAUGAGAUCCUUAAUUUUAAUGUAACUCACACAUUUUUAGAGAGUGCCAUGUCAACUAUGCAACUUUUGGAUAAAAAGAAGAAUACUAUUUUUAGUGGAGAAAGAGGAACCGUUGCGCCAUACGAGUUGCGAAAUAGAACAGGUUAUAACAUUAUGGUCUGGAACACAACUGAUGCAAAAGAGGGUCCCACUAUUAAGGAAAUACAAAAUGGUGGAAACUUGCCAUGGUGGUUUGAAGACUGGAAAAAGCGUCGUGAAAACACAUCUUUUGCAAGUAACAAUUUGAAUAUUCAAAUUGAUGGUGCCAUGUGGGAAAGUCUUCGUGAUAUUCAACUUGACACCGAAGGUGAGCAUAUGCAUCCUUUACGACCCAUGAUCAAAAAUGUGCAGCACCGUAUUGUAUUUGAUGUCAAACUUGUUGAUAAUAUCAAGGUUGUUACCAUCCGAUCCGCCCUUGUAAUUGAAAAUCGAACUUUGCUAUCUGUAGACUUAGCCUCCAUUGGGACUAACGAUAAGAUGGAUGGACCGGUGAGGAAGAUUGCCCCUGGAGAAGAUUAUGCAAUUCCUAUUGAAAAAGCUUAUACCAAUAAGUUCUGUAUCCGACCUGAUGCUGGGUUUGGCUAUCGAUGGACGGAAAAAGCUUUUCACUGGAAAGACUUUGCUAAUCCCACCAAACCCGAAAGUAUGUUUAGCUGCCUUUCUGAAGAAAGAAACAGUAUGCCACCUUUUAUAUUUCAAAUCCAUGCUCGUUUAGAUCGGAAGAGUAUCUUGUUUGGUCAAUACCCUGCUAUGGGCAUUCGUUUAAGUGCUCCUAUUGAAAUUGAAAACCUGCUUCCGUUUGAUUUUAAUUUCCGUAUAGUUGACAAAACGUCUGGUCAAGAUUUUAGUUCUUAUUUACGUAAGGGGGGCGUUACACCCAUCCAUGUUAUUGGAAAUGGACAUUUGGUGCUGUUAAAUAUUCAAAUGCCGGAUACUGUUUACAAACGAAGCGAAUACGCCAUCAUAAGCACAAAGCGAACAGAUGACCUGGACAUUGAUGAUUCAAUUGAACUGAUCAGCAGCAAAGACAAGAGUAAAUUAAACAUCCGUAUCAAUACAUUUGACAUCCCAGAUUCUGGAGGUGCUAAAAAGUAUAGUCUUUACAGUCCUUACAUUAUUAUCAAUAAGACUGGACUACCAAUCAGCUUCAAGGAGAAGCCAGCUUGGUCUGAUGCCAUCUACUCUACUGGUGAAACCGUAACGAUGUGUAAACCUGAAUCAAAGCCGGAGCCUUUUAUGUAUUCUUACCCUAGUACUGACAAUGGUAACCGAACACUCAUCCAAGUAGACAAAUCAGAAUGGAGUCAACCAUUGAGUUUCGAGGCUAUUGGAAGUGUGUAUGACGUAGCAUUGCCUAACCAUAAUCGCUCAGACGAAAUCCAUGUUGGUAUCAAUAUUCAAGAAGGUGAAGGCAAAUUCAAGUUGACAAAAACGAUAACUAUUACGCCACGGUUUGUGUUGAGUAACCAAACAAGUGAGAAUAUUCGUUAUCGCGUACCUGAAACUAAGGACGAUUACAUCUUGGAAUCCAAGCAGCGUAUUCCCUUGUACAACAUUCGUGUUCAGACUGAAAAGCAGCUAACCAUCAAAUUAGAGGGUAUUAGUAAUGCCUGGUCAGCGCCUUUCAAUAUUCAAGAUAUUGGCGAUGUCCAUAUACGACUCACUAAUGACUAUGGAAAACAGGAUACCUUAAUACGAGUCACUACUGUAAUUCAAGAAGCUACAAUUUUCAUUGUUUUGGCUAAAGAAUCGGACGAUAACUGGCCCUAUCUUUUGGUUAACAAGACUGCAGAGGAUGUUAUCUUCUACCAAGAAGAUCCUGUUAUUUUACGAGAUGAUUAUAACUAUACUCCUGUUAGAAAUCCUAGAAUCAAACGAUACCGUUUACCUGCCCAUGAAUCUGUACCUUAUUCCUGGGACUUACCUGCUUAUAAAGACAAAAAAAUUAUAUUGGGAAUUAACGGCCGCGAAAGAAGUAUCAAUUUACAAGAAAUUGGCAGUAUGUUACCUUUCCGUCAUACGACCCGUGAGGGUACACCCGCAAUUACCUCUAUCGAUGUAAAAAUUCAUGGCAGCCGUCGAAUUCUCGAAUUGAAGCCUUAUAGUCAAAAGGAAAGUCAUUUUAAGCCAAUUGCUGGUGAGCUUAAACGUGCCAGUUCUUCUGCUUCAUUGAGCUCGGUGGAUGUUAUUGCUAAAGAAGGAUUCGAAGCUGCCAAUGUUGACAUGACAGUUAAUGCCAUCUUCCGAAUUCAACUGAAAGAAGUGGGUAUAUCUCUCAUCAAUAAGCAGCUACAGGAAUUAGCAUAUCUUACUCUUAAAGGUAUUGAUUUCAAGUUGACUGACUCCGCAAUGUAUCAUUCUUUGCGUUGGAACGUUGACUGGGUGCAAAUCGACAAUCAAAUGUAUGGCUCCAACUUCCCUAUCUUGUUAUAUCCUACCAACUCAACUGAUAGUGGUGAUCGCCGCAAAUCGAAUAAGAUUCUCCCCACUGUGCAGAUUGGUUUGGAUAGGGUCAAGGACUCCUCUCAUGGUGUUACUUAUUUCAAAUAUUUCUCAAUUUUGUUGCAAGAGAUUAGCAUUGAAUUGGACGAAACAUUUGUUUAUGCUAUCAUGGAUUUUGCUCAUAUUGACCAAGACAACACAAGCAAGAGUUCGGGUACUGAUGCCAAAUUGUGGGAAUACACAACAGAUAUUCCUGAUGUCAAUCCUCGUCAUGAUAUUGCUCAGAUUUAUUUUGAAUUAUUCAGUAUUCAACCCAUUCGAUUUGACUUGUCUUUCUUAAGGUCAGAUGAAAGUGAUAACGCCAAUCGACCCCAAACAAAUACUCCCAUGAUGUAUCUGGUAAACGCAUUGACGAUGGCUAUUGGUAAUAUUAAUGCUGCCCCUUUGCGGUUCAAUGCUUUGGCCAUCGAAAAUGUCAUGGCAAGUGGUCCUGAUUUAGCCAAUAGAAUUUCUAUGCAUUACAGUGAUCAAUUUAUAUAUCAAGUUCAUCGUAUUCUUGGAUCUGCUGAUUUUUUGGGAAAUCCUGUGGGUCUCUUCAACAAUCUGAGUUCUGGUGUUGCUGAAUUGUUUUAUGAGCCUUGGCAAGGUCUCAUUAUGAGUGAUCGUCCUCAAGAUUUAGGAUAUGGAAUUGCAAAGGGAUUCAGUGGUUUUGUGAAAAAGAGUGUGUUUGGUGUUUCUGACAGUUUUACGAAAUUUACUGGCAGUAUUGGAAAAGGUUUAUCCGCCGCCACUUUAGAUAGAGACUAUCAAGAUCGUCGAAGAAUGAACAUGGCAAGAAAUCGCCCAAAACAUGCCUUGCUUGGUGUAACUCAGGGUGCUACAUCUUUUGCAAAUAGUGUCGCCAGUGGGUUUUCAGGCCUCGUUACUCGACCAAUGGAAGGAUCUAAAGAGGGUGUGGGAGGAUUUUUCAAGGGCUUUGGAAAGGGUAUCAUUGGAGCUGUUACAAAACCUGCCGUGGGCGUGUUCGAUUUUACUAGUAAUGUAACAGAAGGCAUCCGAAAUACAGCAACCCCGACGGAUACAAACAUGAUUGAACGCAUACGUUAUCCACGAUAUAUCGGACCUGAUGGUUUAUUGAAGCCAUAUUCCUUACGUGAGGCUAUAGGCCAACAUUGGCUUAAAGAUGUAGAUGGUGGGAAAUACAUCAAUGAUAUAUAUAUUGCGCAUUGUCAUGUUCAAAAUGAUGAAAGGGUAGCCAUGCUAACUACAAACCGUGUUAUGCUGAUCAAAACUCGAAAAUUGGCUGUGGAAUGGCAAGAACCUUUUACAGAGAUUCAAACGAUCAAGCGUGAGCCCACUGGAAUCGCAAUAUAUCUCCGAAGUAUGAGCUGGGAACCUUUCUUGAUUAUCUCUGAUAAACAUAGCAGAGAGGAUUUUUUCAGAAAAAUUGAAGACGCUGUUAAGAAGUACAACUCCAUACGUCGACCCAACCAGUAAUUGACAACUUGUAAAUAAAUAAGACUUAUCAAUCAGUAAAUUAAAUUUAAGCCAUAUUCUUUAUUAUUGGAAAUAAUAAUUGCCAUAAUGAUGGUUACUAAAUGCACAUGCAAUAUACCAUUUUUAUUGCUGGGUAAGUAAGGUUAUCUACAUUUCAUCAUUAGACAAAUU